AUUUUCAAGCAUAGCUUUGACAAAAACGUAAAAUAAAUAGUACUGUUAGAGCCCUUUUUAUCACUUUAAUUUUCUUUCCCAUAAGCCAGGCUGUCGUCUUGUGGUUUGUAACAGGUAUCGCUUUUGCGCAGGCAGAGCGGUCGACUGUCAUCGAGCUGUUGUUCUCGACAGGCUUCUCACUGUGGAUCUCGCCUCCCUCUCCAUCCCUCUCUCUCUCAUUCCCCGUCUCCCUUUCCAAGAGUGAAGAAGAGAGGAGAGGGCAGCUUGCUCACACACUAUUAUGCUUUACUCAUCGCGCGGUGAAAGUCAUGAAUGCAAGUUGGAUCUGAAGACCUGUUUUUGAAGGAGCAACAACUAGCCAAAUGCUGGGCUUGAAAAGUAUCGCUGGUCGUUUCUGAUUAAUUUCUGGCUGUAUUGGCCUGCAUCGAAAACCAUCAUGGAUCUUUCAUUUAUGGCUGCUCAGAUCCCUGUCAUGGGAGGAGCUUUCAUGGACUCACCCAAUGAUGACUACAGUGCAGAUCACUCGCUGUUCAACUCCUCGGCUAGUGUCCAUGCUGCAGCUAGCACGGCCCACAGCCAGCAGGAGGAACCACAGUCAGUGUCCAGUGAUGCUAUCUGGCUGUGGAUCGCCAUCAUCGCCACAAUAGGGAACAUUGUGGUUGUAGGGGUUGUGUAUGCUUUUACCUUCUGAAAACAAGGCAUUUUAGUUAAGCAGGAUGUUUUAAACUGAAUCCAAAGUAUUGCAAAA